AUGUUUCUGACACUGAUGACCUUCCUUUGGGAACUCGGCUCCCCCCUCGCCGUUCGCAUGCCCUGCCAUGUCCAAGAUGCAGCUCACACUUUCUAUGGGUUUCCCGACAAUGACCCUCCUGGCGGUGCGAUUGCAUAUGAUUGUGGGCGAGGUUUGGCCGCUGGAGGAGUGGGGACCUUCAACGACCCGUUGACCUUUGCCUCGGCCCCUGGCGAGUUUGACAUAUGUGAAACCAUCUACGACCCUUAUUUGCGCAAGUAUCUACGCAUGGAGGACUACUGCAACACAUGCACUCGGAAUUGGGGCAAGAGGAUUUGGAAUAUCGAUGUGUGGACAGGAUCUACUACCGUCAACGGAGGAAACGAUCAGCUCGAAUGUGAGAACAAGCUGACCCCGAUGCCUCAACACAAGCCCAUCAUCCGGAGGCCAGGGCCCGAUCUACCUACCGACAGUACACCCCUCUUUGUUACGAUGAACAAGUCUAUUUGCAAUGUUGAGAGCAUAUUUCACAGCUACGUGGCCCAGAGCUUCUGCUAA